CUCUCUCUCUCCCCGCGUCCCCGUGCUACGGUUCAGUAUUUUCCCGAGAAAAUUUUGUGCUGAAGCGAGAAAAUUCCCGACGAAAAUUGCGCUCAUUUAGAGUGAGUUUCUCAUCGUCUCUCUCUCUCUCUUGUUUCUAACUUCGCGGAAUGGGAUAUCUCUUGAAGCUUUCUAACUUACGAUCUCGGAGAUUUCAUCGAUUCUCGUGCCGGUUUAGCUUUCUCCGAUCCGAUUUUCCUGGGCACUGUAAUGAUUCGUUAGCGUGAAGAUGCAUCGAAUUUAAGGACUUUUUCUCCCCUGUUUUUCAAUCCCGUUCAUACUGGGAUCGGAGAGAAGCUACAAAAACCGUGAUUUUGAAAAUCAUUAGAUACUCUGAUCAUUCCGUUCUUUUCUAUUUACUCGAUUCGUCUUUUCAAUUUUCCAGGAAAGCGUGAAUCAAAGAGUAAAAAGGCAUUUUUUUUUCCGACCAAAGUAGCCGCUUUGUGUUUGGAGGCCGAAAAAAUCUCAUCCUCCGUAUAAACUUUCCCUCGAAUUCUAGAAAAAUUUCCUGCCAGAUUCGAGAGACAAUUUUCCCAUCUUGGAAUGGGAGUGAAAGUAGCCACCGCAACUACUUUCCUUCAAUGGGCUUCGCAGUCCAUCGUCCCCCAUUCUUCCUCCACUGCCAUAUCCUCUCCUUUCCCGAAACGGCGUCGUAACAACGCGCACGACGGUCGCUCUCUGUGUUGCCGCUUUGUGCCUCGGAGGCAUGACCGUUCGUCUCUCUUCGGGACUCACUCGACGAAGCUUCAACGAUCCAAGUCCUCCGAAUUAUGGGAAAUAUCGAAGACGACGAGGACUCAAUCGUUUCGAAGAGCUUGUAUCGCGAGAUUGGAUUCGUUCUCCGAGCACGGUGAGGGAGAUUCGGAACCGGAGAUAAUCCACGAUUCCGUAGAUGGUGAAUCAACGAGUCACUGUUACAGUGCGAAUUUUGGGUCUGAUUCAGUGGAGCCGCCAUGGGAGGAGGAGAUGGUUCACAUGUCGAGCAUUGAAAUGAAAGCGAACAGCGUCGGUAUUCCACUGUCCCUGAGGGUCAUAAAGAGGAAGAUCCAGUGGGAGGAAGGGGUCAGAGAAGCCGGAGAAUCAGCGUAUUGCUCGGUGAAGAAGGCGUUUUCUUCGAUGGUGUUCAUCGUUCGCGAACUCCACAGCUUCACUCUCCAUAUGAGAGAGCUUCUCUUCUACGAAGACUUGCAAGGAAUUCUCCAACGCGUUCGCAAGGAAAUGCACGCGUCCUUUGUCUGGCUGUUCCAACAAGUUUUCUCGCAUACGCCGACUCUGAUGGUCUACGUGAUGAUUCUCCUCGCUAACUUCACUGUUUAUUCCAUCGGCAGGAACGCCGCCAUCGCCGCCGCCGCGUCCCAUCCUCCUCCGACAGCAACCGUGUCGGAACUGACAACGGUCGUUGAACCCGAUGACGGUCCAAACACGAAGUUCGAUUCCUCUUCGGUAAAGACAUUCUACGUAUCGUCCUCAACCGGCAGGACAGCUUCGGUCAGCGGCAACAAUGGCGGCGGCGGCGGGAAAUUCCGUCCCGUCACGAGCGGUACGGACGGCGACGGACGGUACAAAGGGUCGGACCAUUUCAGGACGAUGAUACCCGACGGAGCCGCUCGGCUGUUGUCGUCGUCUUCCGGGGAGACGUCGGUUUCAGGGGAAGUGAACAGAGAAGAGGAAAUCGGUCUGUGGAAUUCGAUGGUGGAGGAAUUGGAAAGAAUGGAGGCUUCGACGAGGGGCGAGUCAUUGGACCGCGACACGGUGAAGAGGUUCGUGUCGCCGGUGGAGGCGCGAAUCGAGCCAGACGACUACGAGGAUUACUUCAAAACAGAGCUUCUGUACAAAACAGGGCUCUCUCAAGAACCUCAUAACCCUCUCCUCCUCGCCAACUACGCUCAGUUCCUCUACCUCGUCGCUCAUGAUUACGACAGAGCGGAGGAGUGCUUCAGGAAGGCGGCGAAGGCGGAGCCAGCGGACGCCGAGGCGAUGAGCAAAUACGCAAAUUUCCUAUGGAAGGUUCGGAAGGAUAUGUGGGCGGCCGAGGAGAAGUUCUUGGAGGCCAUCUCGGCCGAUCCCACCAACUCUUACCACUCAGCCAAUUACGCCCAUUUCCUAUGGAACACCGGCGGCGAUGACACGUGUUUCCCUCUCGACGCUCCUCAUGAUACCUAGAAACCCUAAUACGUUUUUCUAUUCUGUAUAUGUGCAGAUGUAUGCAUGUAUGUACUUAUCGAGUAUUAGCACAUCACGAUAGACGUAUGCCAAUGUUGUGGUGCGUUGUCGGAGAUAAAUCAAACCGUAAAAAAGAAAAAAGAGAGCGGAGAGAUAUAGUGAGGAGAUCACGUGAGGGAAGGGAGUGGAGCACGUGACAUGGAGGCGAGUUGGAAGUUGCAUUUUUUUUUCUCUUCUAUUUUGUUCGUCUUCUUCACACUGUGAAUAGGUGUGAAAGCAAUAGUUAUUAUUUUCUUAUCCAUAAUCAUCACAUGUCAAUUUUUAUAAUGUUGGUAAUGAGAGUACUGUUGAAUUCCA